AUGUCAGAACCCGAUCGACCAACUUUCGAUAUCGCUGUUCCCUCGACCGAUCCAGAGAAGAAGGAUCAGGACAAACCCAAGGCCAAUGGGGAUAUCAAGGGGAAAGGUAAAGAAGAUGGUAGUAAGGAAGAUGAUGUUUCGGAUAUGAGCGAAGAGGAUUUGCAGCUGAAAGCAGAGUUGGAGAUGUUAGUCCAGAGAUUGAAGGAACCCGACACCAACCUUUAUUUACCAGCUUUAGAAUCCCUUCGAACGUUGAUAAGAACAUCCACGAGCUCAAUGACAUCUGUACCUAAACCUUUGAAAUUCCUCAGACCUUUCUACGAAGAGAUGGGCAAAAUCAGAGAUUCGUGGGACGAGGGGUUGAAGGAGCAAAGGUCUCUCCUCGCUUCCAUCCUCUCCGUGCUAGCUAUGACCUACUCCGAUACCGGUAAACGGGAAACUCUCUUUUACAGAUUAUUAUCUGAAUCGACCGAAGCUCCUGGGUUAUGGGGACAUGAAUACGUACGACAUCUAGCAGCAGAAUUAGGUGAAGAGUACAAUUCGAAUUACGCUAGUGAAGUAGAUGCGGACUUGGGAGGUGUAGAAAAGCCAGAAGGUCUUAAAUAUACGACUGAGCAGCUGAAAGCUUUAUCGUUGGAAUUGGUCACCUUCUUCCUCAAACAUAAUGCUGAAGCGGAUGCGGUCGAUAUCCUUUUGGAGUUGGAAAAUAUCCAGGAGAUAGUGGAGUUGACGGAUGAUAAGAAUUUCGAAAGGGUUUGUAGGUAUAUGGUCAGCUGUGUGCCUCUUCUUGUCCCACCAGAUGACUCGGCUUUCCUGGAGACUGCUUCCAAAAUAUACGCUAAAUACGAUCGAUAUCCUGAAGCUAUCGCACUUGCUGUCAGGCUCAACAGUCCCUCCCUUAUCCGACAAUACUUUGAAGCGCCUAAAAACCCGGUCAUGAAAAAACAACUUGCCUACUUCCUUGCUCGAGCGCAAAUACCCCUUCAUUGGGUUCACACCGCCGAAGGUACCGAGUCAGAAGAGGAGGAACAGCCACCCACUCAGGAAGAAGACGUCCUGGAUUGCUUAGGCAAUGUGAAGCUCUCCACUCACUUUAGGAAUUUCGGUAAAGCUGUCGGCGUAGAAGAACCUAGAGCGCUAGAAGAUAUAUACAAAUCACACUUAGAACCCAAUCGAACAACCCAAACUGCGGAUUCAGCACGACAGAACCUCGCUUCUACAUUUGUUAACGCUUUCGUCAAUGCUGGUUUCGGUAACGAAAAACUCAUGGUUAACGCUGCAGAAGGUCAGAGCUGGAUUUACAAGAAUAAAGACCACGGUAUGAUGUCAGCUACUGCAUCGGUCGGUUUGAGUUUAUUAUGGGAUACCGAAUCUGGUAUAGAUCAUAUUGAUAAAUACACCUACUCACCUGAAGAGCACAUCAAAGCUGGUGCGCUGUUAGCUACCGGUAUCUUCCAUGCUGGAAUUAGAACAGAAUCCGAUCUAGCCUACGCUUUACUGGAAGAACAUGUGGAUAGUAAGAGUUUAUCCCUGAAACUUAGCGCGAUCAAUGGUUUAGGUAUAGCAUAUGCUGGAUCGGGUAGAAAGGACAUAGCAGAGAAAUUGUUACCUCACGUCGCGGAUGAAACCAACACUAUGGAAGUUGCUGCUAUGGCCGCUCUGGCUCUCGGUUUCGUGUUUGUUGGUUCCGGAGAUGGUGAAAUUGCAAGUGCAAUAUUACAGACUAUGAUGGAGAGGGAAGAAAGUCAAUUAGCAUCCGAAUGGACUGUCUUCAUCUGCUUAGGAUUGGGUUUGAUCUUCUUAGCUACUCAAGAAGAUUCAGAGCCUACCGUCGCUACUCUCAAAGUCAUCGAACACCCAAUGGCGUCCAUCGCCGAAACCAUCGUUGACGUCUGCGCUUAUGCCGGUACCGGAAAUGUCCUGAAGGUACAACAGAUGUUACAUUUGUGUGCUGAACAUGCCGAUAAAGCCAAGAAGGAAACGUCGGAUGGUGAUGCUGCACCCGUAGCUGCUGAGGGAGAAGGUCCAGCCGCUGCUGCAGUGGCCGACGCCGAAGGGGAUGUCAACAUGUCUGGGGAAACAACCGCUCAACCUGUUACCGCUCCUACCGGUGGUGAAGCUGGUGCCUCCGCUGCAGCUGGUGGUGAGAGUGAAGGUGAAGAUAAAGAUAAGGAAGAAAAGGAUAAAGUGGAUUCGCUCAAAUAUCAAGCCUUCGCUACUAUCGGUAUAGCAUUGAUUGCGAUGGGUGAAGAUGUCGGUGCUGAGAUGGCCUUGAGGCAAUUCCAGCAUUUGAUGACAUACGGUGAUCCCGUAAUUCGAAAAUCCGUUCCACUCGCUCUUGGUCUCAUAUCAGCAUCCAACCCCCAACUCUCCAUCCUUGAUACCCUCUCGAAAUACUCGCAUGACUCCGAUUUGGACGUAGCUAUAAACGCUAUCUUCGCGAUGGGAUUGGUAGGAGCCGGAACGAAUAACGCGAGAUUGGCUCAGAUGUUGAGAGGCUUAGCUACUUACUAUGCUAAGGAACCAGACUGUUUCUUCAUGGUCAGGAUCGCUCAGGGUCUCGUACAUAUGGGUAAAGGUACGAUAGGUAUCAACCCUUACUUUAACGAUGGACAGGUGAUGAGCAGGACGGCCGUUGCGGGAUUAUUAGCUACAAUAGUAUCUUUUACAGAUGCUAGGAAGUUCGUGCUGAACAAACACCACUGGCAAUUGUAUUGGUUAGUCACAGCGAUGUACCCUCAAUUCUUGAUCACCCUGGACGAAGAGUUGGAAGAGAAACCUGUGACUGUCCGAGUGGGUCAGGCGGUCAAUACUAUUGGUUUGGCUGGAACGAGGCAUGGUAUCAGUGGGUUCCAAACUCAUCAAUCUCCUGUGCGAAUCGGUACGGGCGAAAGAGCAGAGCUGGGUACAAAUGAAUUCUUCCCUUAUCAAUCUGUCUUGGAAGGUUUAGUCAUUCUCAAAAAGAACGAACAAUACGAUGCUGAAGACGCACAGAAUUAA